GGUUUUACUGCAGACAGUGGCCAAGAAGGGGAAGAUAACAACAACAAGGAGCUAAAGCAAGUCUUUGUUUCUAGCAUACUGUUGCUCCUCCUAUCCCCUACAAAUCUACAAUUGCAACUUUAGGUUUUGUCUGUUGGGAGAUAAGUACCCCCCCCAAUUCAUGACUUUGCCAAAAUCUGCCUCCCUCAAACUUUCAGGUUUUCAGAACCUUCCAUUGACAGCCUUAGGCAUGCUAUGCUAAUAUGCUGUGCUUGGCUUCACUUGUCCCUUUGUGCUUUUGGACUCGACACUGCCUGCCCCUGCUAUAUCUAGAGACAAGACAUCACCAUGAUUGAUCAUUGUACAAACCAUUCUAGCUACAGAGAGAGCCAAGGUAGAGACUUGUUUGUCUCCAUCUGAGCAGCAGCAGCAGAAGCCAACAUGGUGCAGCACACAAGCCGUCUCGACCUUUUCUUGGUCUGCACCGUCGUCGUCGUGGUUGUGGCGCUGCACCACGCCACGGCGGUGCACGGCCUGACGAGAGCCGAGCUCGUCCUGGCUCCGGCUCCGGCUAUGGCGCCGGCGCCGGCGCCUCCGGCCAACAAUGUCGUCGGCGUCGACGCGGCGAAGGAGCGGUUCGCGGCGACGACGGCCGCGGCGCAGACGAGCAAGUGGCGAGUCCGGCGAGGCUCCGACCCGAUACACAACCGGAGCUGAUGAUGAUCAUCAUCAUCAGAACAAAAUGCAACUUCUUCGGCAGCUGAAGGUGUUGGUUUUUGUGGAUUUGGUAGAGACAAAACUUUUGUGUCCAGAGAUGAUGAGAAGAAGAAGAAGAAGCUCAUGAGGAUUCUGGACAAGAUUAAUAGAUUAUGUGCUCCUCCGGUUUAGGAGAUGAUGAGAAGGUGGACAAGAUGAUGACGGGUUUAGUUUCUUUGCGUAGCCAGCUUAGGACAGAAGCAGCAGAGGGUUGGUUCAGUGUAAUACUGUAAUGUAGGCCAUUCAGUUUGACUGUAAUAUAGCAAAUUCCUCAUCA